CAUAAUGACAUGUCUGGAGAUGGUGAUAACCAACCCAAACAAAACCACAAAGAGCGAAGGAAACAUUCCCAGAAGGAUAAAUCACAGACACUGACUCUUCAACAGUUACAUGGUGGUAUGGGACUAGAAGAUAUCCCUCAGUCUACAAAGCCAAGGAAAUCACCAGUUGUAGAGGAUGAGAAGUUCUUUGAAAAAGUAGAAAAAGACGUUGAAAAACUAGUACUUAAAGAAGAAAGAGAUAGAUUUAGAAAAGUAAACGACAGGUUUGCUGCUGAAAGUAUACGUAAAGUCCAGUUUGAAGAUAUUUUAUCUAAAAAAGAUGAAGAAAUUUCAAAACUAAGUGAAAUUGUCACAAAACUAAAGGAUGAACUUCAAACAGUAAAGAAAAGAAAUAAGCAGCUUUGUCUUAUACUAGCACAGGGUGAAAUGAAAGAAAAGGCUGUAAUAUUAAAACAAGUAGAUGAACUGAAUAAUGACAAAGAUGAAUAUAUACAACAGGUUUCUGAACUAACAGCAUCUCUAGAGCAAGAAAGGUCUAAAGUUAGCAAUUUGAAAACCGAAUUACAGAAAUACCAGUAUUCAUCUCAUCACCACCACCAAGAUAAAAAGAAAUAGACAUAAAAAGCAGUGUUGCAUUUGUAGUUGAGUUUUGAAUAGUUGGUUACUAGGGGUGGAUAGAAAAUCUACAGAAAAAUGUUUUUAACUGCACAUUCCUAAUUGAGUAUUUUAUUUUUGUUAGCAAGCUAUGUAGAUUGAGAUAUGUAUUUAUCUGCUAAAGAACUUAUGUUAAACUACAUCAUGUUUGUUGAACAGUAUGUUUUUCAUUUUCCUAAAUAAUUCUAAUGAAAGUAUUUUGCUCACUUGUUUGUUUCUUGCCCUCAAUCAGGUGCUUUUCUUGUUUGAGAUAUUUACAACAUUGUAUUUUCCAACUUCUAAAAACCAGCAAUGAAUCUUUAUUUUAGAAAUCAACCUACCGGCAUUAGGCCUUGCAUAUUAUCCACAAUGCAGUAUAACACUUGUUUCGCAUGUCAGAUUUCAAAAUAAUAUAUCAUGUAUCUGGGAAUUGGAAUGCAAUAAAACACUGAAGAACAAAUUUGGUUACGAAAGUA